AUGAUCCCCAGAGGUCUCACUUCCGCCUUCGGGACCCCGUCCCUCGAGAUCGGCCAGAUCCUGCUCGGCAAUGCCAGCCGAUACACCAUCCAGAAGAAGAUCCGUGAGGGCGUUUGGAUCGCAACUAACCCCAUGGGCAACAAGUCCAUCGUCAAGGGUGUUCAGGGCAUCUCCGGAGCCCAGAACGAGCACAACGUCCUCCGCAAGUUCCAGGGCAACCCUUUCCUCCGCCCCGUUAUCGACGAGAUCCAGCAAGAUGCCCCGAUGAUUGUGCUCCAGCACAUGGACGACCAUCUUUUGAACGCUACCAUCAAGAAGCCCUUGACCAACCGCGAGAUUCGCUUCGUAGCCCGCGCUGUUCUUCGCGGCCUCUCCACCCUCCACAAGGAUGGGUACGUUCACACCGAUAUCAAGCCGGACAACAUUCUCGUCAACUACGCCUCGGCUUCUGAAGCCGACCCCGAUCUUCGAUUCUCCGACGUUCAGAUCGGUGACCUGGGGGCUUCCUACUCCGUUGACUCUGACGUCGCCACCAAGGGUUUCCUCAUCGGCGCUCCCAUCUGGACCAGCCCUGAAGUGCUCAUGGAGGUUCCCUGGGGAACUGCCAGCGAUAUCUGGGCCUUUGGCUCCAUGAUGAUUGCUCUUCUCCACGGUGGCGACUACAACCCCUUCCGCCCUACCAAUGCUCGCUAUCACGACCGCAGCUACAUCUUUGAGGUCCUCCGCCAACAGUCUCGACGCUUCGGUGCCAUCCCCGAAACCUACCUUGAGCGGGCGCGUCCCGGCAAGGCUAUGGCUGCCAAGGCACUGACUGUUGGCCGCAAGGUUGAGCCUCUCGACUUCCGCACCGCUUCUCACUUCAUCAACCGCAUCAUGCGCAUGGACGCCGCCGAGCGCCCUACCGCCGACCAGCUUCUCGAGGAGAUGUCUGGUCUCUUCGAGGACUAG